GGCAAGGAACUGUUCAUGGACUUGGAUGAGGGAGCUCUGAAACUGAUCGAUCCAGAGAAUCUGACCACUCUCAACACUCAACCCAUUCACACAAUCAGAGUCUGGGGUGUGGGACGUGAUAAUGGAAGAGAGAGAGAUUUCGCAUACGUGGCGCGUGACCGGACGACACGCAAACAUAUGUGUCACGUGUUCCGGUGUGACAUUCCAGCCAGGACCAUUGCCAACACCCUGCGUGACAUAUGCAAGAAGAUCAUGAUCGAGCGCAGUCUACAGCAGAACCUGGCUAAACCCAUCGAUAUCAAUGGCAGCAGUAUGACAGGUAGGUCGGGACUGGCUACCAGGCCUACCAACCUUCCCACAGAGCACCGUCGUUCACACCACCGCACAGGUCAAACUCUAGUCACAGAAUCAUUCCCCACACCAAUGGAGGAGCCCCGCAAGACACUGCGAGCCGAGUAUGUGGGUCAAACGCAGGUGUCACGUGCGGCCGGCAUGGAUGUGUUGAACGAGGCCAUUGACCAGAUGGUGACCAGUGUGCCCCACGAUCAGUGGAAACAGGUCACAGUGGCGGUCGCGCCUUCUAUGAUCACCAUACUGCAGGCUGAAGACGAGAGCAAGAUAGUGGCCGAAUGCAGAGUGCGCUUCCUGUCGUUCCUGGGCAUAGGUCGCAACGUGAAGCAGUGCGCGUUCGUCAUGCACACCGCUCAGGAUCUGUUCAUUGCGCAUGUCUUUCACUGUCAGCCUUCGUCCGGCGCAUUGUGCAAGACUAUCGAGGCCGCUUGCAAGUUGAGGUACCAGAAAUGCCUGGACGCACACCCGCACGACCGCGCGCUCCGGGGAGCUGGUUGUGCGGGGGGUGCAGCAGGAGGCAAGGGGGGCAUAGGGGCCACCCUCAAGAGCCUCGUUGGCUCCCUCACGGGCCGAAAGGGGAAGGGUGGUUUAGAGUCCUGAGAUGAAGCUCUCUCUCUGCAGUGUGUUGGCAACCAUAUAGGAUCUAUGGCUGACCAUGGAACCUGUGGAGCGAGAGGUGAUACCGCACCGUCAUCUCCAGAGCCCGAUAACUCACCAGUAUUUUGCACCGACCAACCCAUCUGUGCCACCAGCGCAGCCAUCGGCCAACCUGCAGUCGCUGCUGUCCCCGUCGCUGGAUGUCAGGCGCAUCCAACAGCUGGCAGCGUCAACUGCCAACUGGCAGUAGAUGCUCAAGGUGAUCCAGACGUUGGCGGCACAUCUGGAGCACAUGUGGAGUCUGGGGCAGCUGGACCUCAAGUGGAACAUCCAAGAUCUGCAUCAAAACUCACACUAGAACCACAAUUGGAAUCAGGAACAGAAAUGGCACAAAGUGAAGAAACUGGACAAAACUUGACAGAUUUGGCAAACAACAUAUCUGGACCCGAUGCAUUUGGUCUGCAGUUGGCGUCUGAAGAUGCAUCAGAACUGGAAUUAAGUCCCAACAUAUCUGGACCCCCUGAAUCUGGUCUGCAGUUGGCAUCUGAAGACGAAUCAGGCCUGGGAUUUAGACCCAAAAUAUUCAGACCCGAAGGAUCUAGUUUGCAGUUUGUUGAAGAUGAAACAGGCUUUGAAUUGACUAUAGACUACAUUGAGCUCAUGCGGUAUGCUCAUUCUGAAAGUGUGAGCACUCCACAUGUCAAUGGUGACGUUCUGCAUGGGUUUCUUGACGACUUGAGUGAUGAUGAUGAUGAUGAUGAUGAAGAAGAUGAUAAUGAUGAUGAAGAUGAGGUGGAGUGUGAUACACAGAUGGAGAGUGUGCUUGGUGACUUCGCAUCCUCCAGUAAUUGAAUUUUAAGAUUUACAAGUUAUCAGGAUGUAGUGAAGCAGUAAAGAUGAAUAUAUGAAUCAGAUUGGGGUUGAGGAAUGUAAUAUAUUGAAACCCAUUGAGUUUUACUUGAGUGUAAAUUCAUUAAAUAAAAAUAAACUGAGAAAUAAAUUUCAUGGUAUUUAAACUAUAAUGUUAAUUAGUGAGAAAUGAAGAGUAUUUGUAUUUUGAUGCCAUAUCUUAGGUUAUAAAACAGGUAGAAUUUGUUAAUAAAUUGUAUUAGUAAGUUAUUAUUUCCGGUGCAAUUAUUUCUAUUGAAUAAAUGCAUGUAUGUAUUACGGCUUUUAGUCAUUUGAAAUCAAAGUAUGUUCCAAAGCCUAUGUUCAGUAUUAUAUUAUUAUUUUAUUCAAUAUUUUCAAUUUCUUCUGGCAAUUUUACUGAUGAAGUUCUCGCUCUAAUCACAAUAAAAGACGUAUAAUGAAAUAUUAAUAAUUUAUUAUCGUUAAUAAUACCAACUAUACAUUACAAUACCAACUAUUAUUGUAACAAUACAAUAAUCUCAACCGAAAAAUGUAUAUAAACAUAGAAUAGGAAAGCUUCAUUAUACAUGGAAUAAUUACUAUACUUCACUAUAAUAAUUGUGUAAUGAAUUGGAAGAGCUGUGCAAUGUACACAAUUGGGUGGGAUCCGAACCACCAUCAUGUAAAUAUUACUUUAAGUCGACUGCAAACAUCUAUUCAUUACAUUAUUAUCAUACUAUAACUGUUGAAAUGUGUAGAAUUAAUUUUCGUUUUUAGUAUCUUGUAAUUAAGUAUAAUGUAUUAAAAACUGGUCACAGUGAUUGUAAGAUUUUUUAGUAGUUUAUAGUGUAUUUUACCUUUAACAAAAGGUAAAUAAAUCAGUAUCAUAAUUUAAAUGUAAAUGUAACUAUUUAUAAUAGCUUUUGCUGAAAAAUGAACAUAGAGUUAAAAAUUGCAGUUUUUCAACGCAAGUUGUUGACAAAAAUAUGGAUAAUUUAUAAUACAGUAUUGUAAGUGGUUAGUCAAUUGGAGGAUUAUGUUUGAAAUUUUCGGCUGUAACUAUAAAUUGCAAAUAGUAAUAAAAUAUUAUAAUACUUGUCUUAUCGCCGUUUGUAGUAAUGAAGCUUUUUAGUAAUAAUAUUAAUCAUAAAGUUAUUGUGUGACUGACAGGGUCAUAAACUGUUAGAAAUAUCAAUUUUAUGUUGGAAAACACAUAAAAUUAAUGUUGAAUCUCAUUGUCCGGUAUGUAAUGAACACCAUUUAAAUUUCGUGUAAAAUGUUUAUUUAAAUGCUUAGUGUGUGUGUCACUAUAAUAUACUAUUGUGAACUAUUAAAUAUAACGAUUGUAUGAUAUUUUUAUAAAUUUAUGUUGCUACUAUGUUUGCUAAUGAUUAUUGCUAAGGACCAACAUGUGAGAAAUACAUAUGUGCAUAUUUUAUCAAUGUUAAUACUCUAGUUGUAAAAGAAAGUGUAUCAAAUUCAUUAUAUCUCAUCCCUGGUUAAAAUUAUGUCAACAGUUGAAUGGAGUCAACAUCCUAUAAAAUAUGAGUGCACUGUACAGCUAUUUUUGGUAGAUUAUCCUGUAUAUGUCCCUGAAAAGUAAUGGCUUCUGGAAUAUAUAAAAUAAUUAUGUAAAUACAUUCUAAAAUGCAUGGAAACCGAUAAAAUAUAUAUAGAAAUCUAUUAAAUCUACUAAGGGUUAAACAUUCCAAACCGUUUCGAUAACUUUGUAGGACCUGCAGAUUUUCAAUAGCCCCCAAAAUUAAGAUGGUAUAGUACUUCAAAAUGAAUAAAUACUGUAUGCAUAAUUCAUAUAAUUUCACCUCAAUAAUUAUCACCCCUACUAAUUAUGAACUGUUGUGAUUAAAACCUAAUGAAACUUAUCGUUAAUUUAACUGUAGUUUCUCAAGGAAACAUAAUAUUUUUGGCUUCAUGUUAUGUUACUUGGUUUUGAAUAAAUUGUUAUUUGAAAGUAAGUGAUAAUAAUAAUAUUGUUCUUGUUCCUAUUGUUGAAUUGUAGGCUUGUAUCGACUUUUUAUAAUUCCCAGAAUACAAUAAUUCUUUUUCAAUUAAUGAAAUUGACUGUCCCGUUUGCACAGUAAAAGCUUAAACUUUAUUGAAUCAGCUGGUGAUUUAAUCUCAAUAUAUGAAUCAUAUUAUAGCAAACGAAACUUAACAUUGAUGAAUUUUCUUCAAUAAUUAAAUAAAUAAAACAAAUAAAUCCUGUUAAAGUCGACAUUUCGUUCAAACUAAAGCUGGGUGGGUUUACACCAAAGUCCUUAUAGAGUCUAUUAGAUUGAAUGGAACUGGACAAACACAUUUAUGUUCAUCAUGUGUAUGAUAAGCUAUGUUCAAUCUAAUAGAAUCUAUAACGAUCAAGUUAUUAACAUUUUGUUAAUAACUUUGGUGUAAACGCAGCUUAACACUGUGCAAACGGCCCUAAAAGUUCCAAAAUUUGAAAACUAUUUUCUUGUUGUUAUAACUUCAGCAAUCAAAUACUUACCAAAACCUUCAAGUCUAUUAACUACUAAUAACCAUAGUAAACUAUAAUUUCUACUUUUAGUGUUAUGCUUUAUUGCACUCUGUAUGUAAAUGUUUAUUUCAAUUGAUGUUGAAACACUAAAUAUUUUCAAGUAAAUCGAUAUUGUUAUUGCUAUUUAUGUGCUUGAACAAUGACAUUAAACAAUUUUUCACUUGCAAGCUCGUUUAAUAAUAUUAUAUAUUUGUACUUUGUACUGCUGGAACGAAAUAUAAGCAAUGCCACCGUGGUUUGUCGA